AUGGAAUCUCUUCUUACUCAAACAAAAAUUGUGCUUCAAGAAAUUCACCAUGAUUUACUUUCAUAUGAAAAUUCACAAGAUCGUGAAACCGAUUCAAAUUGUACUAAUGUUAUUAGCGGUAAAUUUCAACAAUUAACAGAAGCAUGCAAUCGGCUUGAUAUACUUGUUAAUAAAGAACCUGCACAAAGACGCCCACAUUCAAAACAACGUGUUGAUGAAAUUAAAUAUGACAUGAGACAUUUGCAAAGUGCACUCAGUGGCAUAAGUCUUAAAAAACAACAACGCGAUGAAGCUGAACGUGAUCGAGAAUUAUUACUACAUCGUAAAUUUACGCCAUCAAAUGUUGAUUCAAAUGGUGCAACACAUAUAAAUCUUGAUGAUCGUACAUUAGAUUAUUCUCAACGACUUGAUUCAACUCAUAAUCUCGUUGAUAAUUAUCUUGAUCAAGCACGUGCUACCCUCGAUAGUAUGCGAACUCAAGGCUUAAAUCUUAAAAACAUUCAUAAAAAAAUGAUUUCAAUGGCAAAUUUGCUUGGACUAUCAUCAACUGUUAUUCAUUCAAUUGAACGACGUACAGCAAGUGAUUGGUGGAUUUUAUUCGGUGGAAUGCUUGUAACCCUUAUUGUUAUGUUUGUUCUUUAUAAAUGGCUUGUUUAG